GUCUGUGCAGAGACAGGUGCAAGCCCAGCUCGGCUGGGUCCUCCGCGUCACCGAGCCCAUCUCCUGGGGGAUGGGGUGGGCUGUGUUUCCUUGACGGACUUUUGAGAGCCCCCAACCCCCGGCGGAGCGGAGGAGACCAUGGCCCCUCAGGGCUCCCGGGCUGAGCUGGAAUUCGGAGGACCCCUGGGCGCUGCGGCACUGCUGCUGCUGCUCCCCGCCACCAUGUUCCACCUGCUACUGGUAGCCCGCUCGGGCCCAGCGCGCCUCCUGGGCCCACCCCCUUACCUGCCGGAACUCGAGGAGUUGUGGAGCCCGUGGGCGCUGUUGCUGUGUCUCACCUGGCUCGGCCUGCAGGCGGCGCUCUACCUCUUGCCGGCGCGCAAGGUGGCCGAGGGGCAGGAACUGAAGGACAAGAGUCGACUGCGCUACCCCAUUAACGGCUUCCAGGCCCUGGUGCUGACAGCCCUGUUGGUGGGCCUGGGAGUGUUAGCCGGGCUGCCCCUGAGCGCGCUCCCGGAAAUGCUCCUGCCCUUGGCCUUUGCGGCUACCCUCAUCGCCUUCAUCUUCAGCCUCCUUCUCUACCUGAAGGCUCUGGUAGCCCCUGCCUCUGCCCUGGCACCCGGGGGGAACUCAGGCAAUCCCAUUUACGACUUUUUCCUGGGACGGGAGCUCAACCCGCGCAUCUGUUCCUUUGACUUCAAAUAUUUCUGCGAACUGAGGCCUGGCCUCAUCGGCUGGGUCCUCAUCAACCUGGCAUUGCUGAUGCAGGAAGCAGAACUUCGGGGGAGUCCCUCACUGGCCAUGUGGCUGGUCAAUGGCUUCCAGCUACUAUAUGUGGGUGAUGCCCUUUGGCACGAGGAGGCGGUCCUCACCACCAUGGACAUCAUACAUGACGGGUUUGGCUUCAUGCUGGCCUUUGGGGACCUCGCCUGGGUACCCUUCACCUACAGCCUGCAGGCCCAGUUCCUGCUGUACCACCCAGAGCCCCUGGGGUUGCCCCUGGCCUCGGUCAUCUGCCUCAUCAAUGCUGUUGGUUACUACAUCUUCCGUGGAGCCAAUUCUCAGAAAAACACCUUCCGGAAGAAUCCUUCUGAUCCCAGAGUGGCUGACCUUGAGACCAUCUCUACAGCCACAGGGCGACGGCUGCUGGUGUCUGGGUGGUGGGGUAUGGUCCGCCAUCCCAACUACCUUGGAGACCUCAUCAUGGCUCUGGCCUGGUCCUUGCCCUGCGGGGUGUCCCACCUGUUGCCCUACUUCUAUCUCCUUUACUUCACUGCGCUGUUGGCACACCGUGAGGCCCGGGACGAGCAGCAGUGUCUGCAGAAGUAUGGCCUGGCCUGGCAUGCAUACUGCCGGCGCGUGCCCUACCGAAUCGUGCCCUACAUCUACUGAAGCAGCUCCACGUGUCCCAGGUCGGGCCACGUGCCCACCCAGCUGCCAGCACACCCAGCACCAGGAGCCUGGACUCACCUGGCACUCAAGGGCCUGCACCCUACCCUGCUCUGAGCUCCGACAGGCAGGGGUGAACAGCCUGACAGGUGGUGGGAGCAAAAGGGGAAAACGAAGACAAAAUGGAGUGGAGGGGCUGCUCCUCCUCCUUGGAUAAACAUCUGGAACGCUU